AUGUAUAGAUUGCGAAUUACAGCUGCCUCUCCCAAAGCUCUCUGGACAAGACGGUAUACAGCGCUAAUGUCCCAACAAAAGUUCCGUGUAGAGAGAGAUACUUUCGGGGAGCUGCAGGUUCCUGCAGACCGUUACUGGGGAGCUCAAACACAGAGGUCUCUUCAAAACUUUGACAUUGGCGGUCCGACAGAACGCCUCCCCCCUCCUCUAAUCAAGGCCUUUGGGGUGUUGAAAAAGGCUGCAUCGAUCGUCAACGUCGGUUAUGGCUUGGAUCCUCAGAUUGGGGAAGCUAUCCAGAAAGCUGCUGACGAUGUCAUAUCUGGAAAGUUGAUUGACCACUUCCCUCUUGUCGUCUUCCAGACUGGAAGUGGCACACAAUCAAACAUGAAUGCCAACGAGGUUAUCUCCAAUCGUGCUAUUGAAAUUCUCGGUGGUAACCUUGGUUCGAAGAAGCCAGUCCAUCCAAACGAUCAUGUCAACAUGAGCCAGAGUAGUAAUGAUACUUUUCCCACUGCGAUGCAUAUUGCUGCUGUCACAGAAAUCAAUCGUUCCCUUCUACCCGCUUUGACGGAGCUCCGCGACGCACUUGAUGCCAAGUCGAAAAAGUUUGAACACAUUAUCAAAAUUGGACGCACCCAUUUGCAGGACGCAACACCUUUGACCCUUGGCCAAGAAUUCAGUGGUUAUGUUCAGCAGAUUACGAAUGACAUUGAACGAAUAAAAUCUACCCUCCCGCGUUUAAGCUGCCUUGCUCAAGGAGGCACAGCUGUCGGUACUGGCCUGAACACAAAGAAAGGAUUUGAUGUCAAGGUUGCCGCAGAGGUUUCUAAAUUGACUGGCCUCCAGUUCGCAACAGCACCGAACAAGUUCGAGGCCUUGGCUACACAUGACGCUCUGGUAGAAGCCCACGGCGCACUCAAUGUACUCGCCUGCUCUCUGAUGAAAAUUGCAAACGACAUUCGAUAUCUUGGUUCUGGACCCCGCUGCGGAUUCGGCGAACUGAGCCUCCCCGAAAAUGAGCCAGGGAGCAGUAUCAUGCCAGGAAAAGUCAACCCGACGCAAUGCGAGGCUCUUACAAUGGUCGCAGCGCAAGUUAUGGGAAACAACACUACUAUAACCAUUGCAGGAGCAAGUGGUCAAUUUGAGCUCAACGUCUACAAGCCAGUGAUAAUCAAGAACGUCCUGCAAAGUAUCCGCCUCCUUGCUGACGGUUCCCGGUCAUUCACAAAGAAUUGCGUCAUUGGGAUUGAAGCCAAUGAAAAACGCAUAAAUUAUCUCUUGAACCAGUCCCUUAUGCUCGCUACCAUCCUCAAUAGCCAUCUGGGUUACGACAAUGUUGCCAAGUGUGCGAAGAAGGCUCACAAGGAGGGAACUACGUUGAAGGAGGCAACCGUAUCCCUUGGUUUCCUUACACCGGAAGAGUUUGAUGAGAAAGUUCGACCUGAGUUGAUGCUACAUCCGGACAAUUGA